AAAUGGAGUUCCUAAUGACACGGGAGCCGGACACAGCUAUGUAAGGUAUCCAGGGCUUGGCCUGACAGCUUCUCCUGUCUGUCUUUGUUGUGAGCCCAGGACAGCAAAGUUUGCUGCUUCCCAACCGCCUUGCAGAGUUUGGACUGAACACUAGGAAGGCAGCAGAAAGAGAAACUCGGUUCAAACUUCCCCUGGAGCCCUCGGCCUCCUUCUCUUUCCAAAGGGAGAAGGAGAGAGACCUUUGCCUGCCCUCCGCUGCACUCCCAGGGCUCCCCCAUGAAGGCGACUUGCUGGAUUUUGGCAGGUUUUUGCCUGCUUUUCUGCUGCAAGGCAGAAGAGGGACUGAAUUUCCCCACCUAUGAUGGGAAAGACCGAGUGAUCGACCUGAACGAGAAGAACUACAAGCAGGCCCUGAAGAAGUACGACAUGCUCUGCCUGCUCUUCCACGAGCCCGUGAGCUCCGACAAGGUCUCCCAGAAGCAGUUCCAGAUGACGGAGAUGGUCCUGGAGCUGGCAGCUCAGGUCCUGGAGCCCAGGAGCAUCGGGUUUGGGAUGGUGGACUCCAAGAAGGAUGCCAAACUCGCCAAAAAGCUAGGCUUGGUUGAAGAGGGAAGCCUCUACGUCUUUAAGGAGGAGCGGUUGAUUGAAUUUGAUGGGGAGCUGGCCACAGAUGUCUUGGUGGAAUUCCUCUUGGAUCUGCUAGAAGACCCCGUGGAGAUCAUAAACAGCAAGCUGGAGCUUCAGGCCUUUGACCAAAUUGAUGAGGAAAUCAAACUCAUUGGCUACUUCAAAGGAGAAGACUCUGAACAUUACAAGGCAUUUGAGGAAGCUGCUGAACACUUCCAGCCCUACAUCAAAUUCUUUGCCACCUUCGACAAAGGGGUCGCCAAGAAGCUAGGUCUGAAGAUGAACGAGGUGGACUUCUAUGAACCGUUCAUGGAUGAGCCUGUUCACAUCCCCGAUAAGCCUUACACGGAAGAGGAGCUGGUUGAAUUCGUGAAGGAGCACAAAAGAGCCACCUUGCGGAAGCUGCGUCCAGAAGACAUGUUUGAGACGUGGGAGGAUGACAUGGAAGGAAUCCAUAUCGUGGCCUUUGCUGAAGAAGAUGAUCCAGACGGCUUUGAGUUCCUGGAAAUCCUGAAGCAGGUUGCCAGGGACAACACCGAUAAUCCCGACCUGAGCAUUGUGUGGAUUGACCCUGACGACUUUCCUCUGCUGAUCACUUACUGGGAGAAGACCUUCAAGAUUGACCUGUUCAGGCCACAGAUCGGCGUGGUGAAUGUCACAGACGCUGACAGCGUCUGGAUGGAGAUCAGAGACGAUGACGACCUGCCCUCGGCCGAGGAGCUGGAGGACUGGAUAGAGGACGUGCUUUCUGGGAAGAUAAAUACUGAAGACGAUGACGACGAUGAGGAUGACGAUGAUGAUGAUGACGAUGAUGACGACGACGAUGACGAUGAUGAUGAUGACGACGACGACGAUGACGACGACUAAUUGUGACUCUGUACAGUUUGACUUGUGGGGGCCGAUUGGCCUCCCCCCGCGGCAGGUCCCUCCGUUGCAAGACCUGUGUUUGAGCGUCAGCAAGCACCGCCUGCUCCUCCUUUCCCCCCUGCCCUGCUCUCCCCGCCCUUGCUGGGACCCCCGGCCUGAUUCUCAGCGGUGCUGAGCCACCAGGACUGCCCCCGCGGCGGGUGGCACCGGCAGGCAUCCAGCACCGCUGUAAAUCAUGCCUCCUUAGGAAGGACAAUAGGAAUCUGCAGGGAACCUGCCCCAGUGCCCAGAAAGCGCCCACCUGCUCGCUGCCAGAGGGACACAGGGAGCCUAUUUGCAUUUUCUGUGCUCAUCGGCCCCGCGUGUACAUCCAGAGACCAAGUCUCACUCCAAGACAUAGGGAAGGUCACUGUAAAGUUUAGCCCUUUUAUUAAACAAAAUGCCCUUUGCAGCUAUUCUGCCAAGACCACCGACUCUUGCAAGUUCUGCUGCAGGACACCGUAGCUACUCAUUAACGUGCUAGGAGCAGCAAAAAGGUUUGGGAGAGGAGGAAGGCUUUAGGGACACUAGUUAAUUUUUAGUGAGUCCAUAAAACAACAGGAUACUCCUGUAUCAAGCAAAAGGCAGGGCAGGUGUUGUGAUAUAGGACAUCACAGCUUGGAGGUUCUUGAACUUGGAAGUGUUUGAAUGCUGGAAAGGCUGAUUCAGGCCUGAGCCCAAACUCUGGAGGUUGAAAACCACAGCACUGAACCAAAACAUUGGUUCUUAAACUCAAAGAAACACCAGAGCACACCCCAGGCCAGUUCCAAACUUCUUCAGCCAGGUCUGUGCUGGGGCCACCUUCCCUUUCAGGUGAGCUUCAGCUGGAUUAAAGGUGGUUCACGAGAUAGCAUACUCCUGCCCAUGGAAACAUUCAGAGGGGCUCACCCUGAAGCCCCCAAUUCCCCAUGACCUUCCAAGCUUUAGCUGACUUUUAAAUUCCACAUAGCAUCGUUUCCCACGACUAAGCUGCUAGGAGGGAACACAUCCAUCCAACCACAUUAGAUGCUGGAUAAAGUGAGUUGGGCUAUGAGCAGUGAAAGCAUUCGAGCUGUUUGGCCUUUACAUAUUCACUUGCAAAGUCGCUCCCUGCUUAGAGGCUGAGAUGUCCCAUGGUAGCCUGUGAGAAGCUCUUUUUACUGCAGACUGAGGAGAUCAAGGCGUCAUUUCAAAGCCAAGGGUGUCGCACACAAAGCAACUCAGUCCUAGCGAGUGCAGCUCCAUCCAUGUGCAGGUCACUUCAACAGUUAGGUCUCCCUGCUUCCCCAUGCCAGCAGAUUUCAAUUGUCUUAGCUUAUUAGGUUUGACAAUAGUGCAAUGAAUGGAGAGCUUGGAGAUAGCUUUAUCUUUAUAAAUACAUUUAUAAAUAUAUUUUCCAGUCAUUCAGACUCGUUAGCAAAGAUAGGGUACACAUGUCCUCUCUUGAAACAGACAAAAAACAUUGUUCUGGUCUUUCUUAUGCUGACUCAUGUCAGAGAUAAGUGAUGUUAGUGGAAAUAACAGCGCAAGGGGCAGGAGAAUCAGAGCUUACUAUAUGAAUGCGAAUUAGCCUGAUGAGAAACAAGGUUUACACACCAUAUAUUUCCUUUACUGGAUGAACUGCAAAGCAAGAUUUUAUAGAUUUCUUUUUUUUUUUUUUUUUUUUUUUUUCCUGCCUGUUGGUCAGUCUUUUUGUCUCUCUCCUUCUCUCUAUACAUGAGCUGAAAUAGAAAUUGGAAAUUACUGGUAUAAAAAGGCUGACGUACUGAUAUACUUCUCCAUGUGCCAUGUCCCAUUGGUGGAAGGUGCCAGCAUGAACAACAC